AAAUCAUUAGUUUAAUUAUCAGCUGACAAAUAAUACAAGAGUAUCUUAAUUUGCUGAGUCGUCAUUUAGUGACUAUUGCAAUAUUGUAAAGCUAUAUUGUAAAACUGUUUGCAUCAAGAUUGCGUCAUGUAAACUAACAAAUUCGCUUUAGCCUCUUUUCACCUCACUAUUUCUCAUCUUUGUUCCUAUGUCUAUUUUCCUUCUUAUCUUUCUGUCUAUAUACAUAUAUAUAUAUAAAUAUAUCUAUAGUAAUUCUCUAUAUUUCUAUCUUGCAUAAUUGUUUGCAAGAGCGUUAAACAUUUUGUGCUUUAUUCUCAACGAUCAAAUCGAUUAUCGAUCGAUUCGUUGCAUGAGGACAUUUUUGAUAAAAGAAUUUCGAAGUUCCUUAGAUCAAUUAUAUUGAACAAUCUAUUUUUUCUGCUUUUUUUUCUUUCUCUCAUUUGUUUUUAAUAAUUUAAUAUAAGUUCUGGAAGGGAUAGUUGUGGAAAAUAUGUAUUGCGUGUAUCUCACGUUCACAUGAAUUGACUUUUUAUUUUCUUCGGAAAGCGUGAUAUACACUAGUGUUUUAUAUAUUUAGAAAUAUAUUUUAGAUUGUAGUGCGGCUCAUUUUACAGAUUGUGCAUUUACAGUUGUUAGCGCGUCACAUAGUUUAAUCCCUUCACAGAAUCUUAACUCCUAUUGAGAAUAUAAAUGUCCCUGUCGACGAAACGAUCCGUAGAUGGUCAAUGAGCAAGCACACAAGAUAAACUUGAACCACGUCCAAGAGAGAUGAGUUAUAUAAAAAGCAUGAAUUUAUAUACAUCUCUCACAAUGAAUCACAAUUCCUUAUUAUCUUUUAAAAGCUUAUUUAUUAAAAACAUACAUAGACAAGUUCAUCAUUCUUGCAAAAUACUGAUAGUCGGUGGUGGUACUGGUGGUUGUACUAUGGCAGCAAAAUUUGCAAGAAAGUUUAAAGGAUCAUCCGAUCAAAUUAUAAUAGUCGAACCAGAAGAAGUUCAUUAUUAUCAACCACUUUUUACUUUAAUCGGUGUUGGUAUGGGUUCAUACAAUUAUUCAAAAAAGCCAAUGAAGAAUGUACUUCCACGAAAUGCAAAGUGGAUAAAAGAUAGUGUAAUUGGUUUCGAUCCAGAAAAUAAUCAAAUUACUACAAAUAAUGGCGAUACAGUGCAAUAUGAUAUUUUAAUUAUUGCAUUAGGUUUACAAACUAAUUGGGAUCAAUUACCAGGUUUAGUAGAUGGUCUUGAAAAUGCAGAAUCACAAGUUUGUUCUAUUUAUGGAUUUAACACUGUACCUCAUGUAUUUGAUAAAAUUAAAAAAACUAAGGAUGGUACAGCUAUAUUUACUUUUCCAAAUACUCCUGUCAAAUGUCCAGGUGCACCACAGAAAAUUGCUUAUCUCGCUGAAGACUACUUUAGAAAAACGAAUGUACGUAAUAACAUAGAAGUAAUUUAUAAUACAUCAUUACCUGUCAUUUUUGGUGUUAAAAAAUAUGCGGAUGUUCUUUGGAAAAUAUGCAAUGAAAGAAACAUUAUUGUUAAUACAAGUACAAAUCUUGUAAAAAUAGAUGUAAGUAAGCGAGAAGCAACAUUCGAGAAGUUAGAUAAUUCAGGUGAAACUUGUACGAUGACAUACUCAUUGCUACAUGUAUGUCCUCCUAUGGGACCUCCAGAUGUUUUAAAAUGUCAUCCUCAAUUGACAGAUAAAAAUGGAUUUUUAUGUGUAGAUUCUGGUACAUUAAAACAUGUUAAAUAUUGUAAUAUAUUUGGAAUAGGUGAUUGUUUGAAUACACCAAAUUCUAAAACUAUGGCAGCAGUAGCUGCUCAGGCAAAAGUUCUUUAUAAGAAUAUCAUUGAUGACUUAGCUGGUAAACCAAUGACAAUGAUGUAUACAGGAUAUUCUUCUUGUCCACUAGUAACUGGACAAGGUAAAUGUAUAAUGGCUGAAUUUGAUUAUAAAUUACAACCUAUGGAAACAUUUCCCAUAGAUCAAUCCAAAGAGCUAUAUCUCAUGUUUUUACUAAAAAAAUAUUUCUUCCCAUUUAUGUAUUGGAAUCUUAUGUUGAAAGGUCUAUGGAAUGGUCCUGAAUUUUUCCGAAAAUUUACAAGUUUUAUGAAACCUAAAACAACAUAAAAUUAUAAAGUAACAACAGUACAUAUUA